AUGUCAUAUAUUCAGAAACAAACAUUAUUAAGAAAAAGAAGACUAGCUGAACUGCAAGAGAGGAUACGAAAUGCAGGGGACCACUCUUCAUUAUCAGAGUCUAAAAGGCCGGAGAAGCUGAGAAAUAAUGACCAACAACUAUCCAAUAACAAGAUAUAUAAUAGUUUCGGUGAAGACGAAGGGACUACCGUUGAGAUCCUAGCUAGGAACAUCGAAAAAGAAAGUUUAAGCGUGUCUGGACAAAUAGCUGAUGCGAUGGGAAUGGAACUCCGAAGUGGAGAAGAAAAGGAAGGAGAAAAUGUAAACCAAAAAGCCAGUGUAACUAAGGAUCUAAAACUCAGGAUGAGAAGCAGUCUAGAGCAAUUAGAUAAACAAACUGAAAAGGCAUUAAAAAGAAUUUUACGAGAAAGGCUGAUAAAAGAAUCUGCAAAUGAAACAUAA